UAAACGUCCAGUCGACAGAUAUCAAUGUACAAUUAGUAAUGCGGGGUUGCAGGUCUUACAUGUUGUUAAAAUGCUCACUUGUUGAACAUAAUUCUUUGCAGAAAGAACCGUUUUCGGAAAUUAUCGUAUUUAUGAUAUUUCGGGACUAUUCACGUCCAUUAGCUGUUUGCGCGCUUGCGCACGGUGGAACUAGGAUCUUAACGCAAAAGGAAUCUGUCCGAUUCCACGAGCGCGCGACCGCGCGUUCCUCUUUUCAACCGCAGAUCAUGCUUGUUACCGUGUUUAGUCAGUCGCUGCACUCCACACCUUAGAUAGACUAUUAGUUUUCCGAUAUGUCCCUUGAGAUGACAAAAGCGAAUGGAAUUUAUUCAAGUUCUACGUUUUGAUGAUGUUUUCAUGUUCUCCAUGUGCAGUCAGAGACUACUGGUUCUUUAUGGAAGUAAUGGCUUAGUGUUUCACAAGUAAUAUUUGCGGACGUUUUUUCACUCUUGAUUAUACUGUGCGUGGGUAUCACUGUUCCACCAAACUGAAUUAGGACUAUGAUUCCAAGGACUGGAAUGUCUCCCGCGUAUUUGCUUCCCACGAAAACGUCUAAUUGCGCUUUAGUUAGAAGCUCAACGAUAUUGUCUCGUGUGUUUUUCACUUGACCAACAUCCGUCCAUGGACGAAAUCAGAACUGAAGAAAACUGACCACACAGAUAAAGAGGAAUGAUUUGCCCCUUUGAAAAAUUAUUGACAAUCGUAUGUGCGUGUUUCAUAGAAACCAGUGUCAGAUGUGUAUGUGCUAAGGAGCAAGACUUCAGAACUCCAGGAAGAGGCUCCUCCCAGACAAUGUCUCCUUCUGAUUUCUUGGACAAACUAAUGGGCAGGACAUCAGGCUAUGAUGCACGGAUAAGGCCAAAUUUCAAAGGUCCUCCUGUAAACGUUACUUGCAAUAUUUUUAUCAACAGCUUUGGCUCAGUCACAGAGACAACUAUGGACUACAGGGUAAACAUCUUUCUGCGGCAGAAGUGGAACGAUCCGCGUCUGGCGUACAGCGAGUACCCAGAUGACUCGCUGGACCUGGACCCCUCCAUGUUGGACUCUAUUUGGAAGCCCGACCUCUUCUUUGCCAACGAGAAGGGAGCCAACUUCCAUGAUGUCACCACAGACAACAAGCUGCUCAGGAUCUUUAAGGAUGGGAACGUGCUGUACAGCAUCAGGCUGACACUCAUUCUGUCCUGUCCCAUGGAUCUAAAGAACUUCCCCAUGGAUGUGCAGACCUGUACCAUGCAGUUGGAGAGCUUCGGCUACACAAUGAACGAUCUCAUCUUCAAGUGGCUUGACAAGGGUCCAGUGCAGGUGUCCGAAGGAUUGACCCUUCCUCAGUUUAUCAUGAGAGAUGAAAAGGAUUUGGGCUACUGUACCAAACACUACAACACAGGUAAGUUCACCUGCAUCGAGGUGAAGUUCCACCUGGAGAGGCAGAUGGGAUACUACCUGAUCCAGAUGUACAUCCCCAGCCUGCUCAUCGUCAUCCUGUCCUGGGUGUCCUUCUGGAUCAACAUGGACGCCGCGCCCGCCAGAGUGGCCCUGGGCAUCACCACGGUGCUCACCAUGACGACCCAGAGCUCCGGCUCCCGAGCCUCGCUGCCGAAGGUGUCCUAUGUGAAGGCUAUUGACAUCUGGAUGGCCGUGUGUCUUCUGUUUGUGUUUGCUGCUCUACUGGAAUACGCUGGAGUUAAUUUUGUCUCCAGGCAACAGAAGGAGUUCCUCCGGUUGAGACGAAGACAAAAACGACAAGAGAAGGAUGAACACAUGAGGGAAGGGCGUUUAAAUUUACCGGCCUACGAAAUGAGCCCAUGCCUCCCGGUCAAGGACGGGACCGCGGGCAAGGCCGCUACGCUGAACGCCACGCCCGACACACCGCCGCCCCUCAGAGAAAACGACGCCCCGAAGAGGAAGUACGUGGACAGGGCGAAGAGGAUCGACACCAUAUCCAGGGCGGUCUUUCCCUUGGCUUUCCUCAUCUUCAACGUCUUCUACUGGAUUACCUAUAAGAUCAUCUGGCACGAAGACAUCCACAAAGACUGAACGCCUUGUCCGGUGGGACUUCGCCAAAAGCCAUAUAAGGACAAAAAUAUGUAGAGUACACCUUAAUCUUCCUCACGUCCCUCGUGAAUAAAAUAUAAUGUCCAAUUCAGAAUCCCUGGGGAUAGGAGAUGCUAAUAAAGCGUGAUGUGUUCCAAGGAAAUGUGUUCUUCAUAAACAAAUAGACAGAUGUUAAAUUUAGGAAUAAAAGAAAAAUAUGUGUAAAAUUGUUGUGAUUAUGUGUAAAAUAAAUUGUGUAUUUGUUACUUUUAA